AUGAGAUGCAUGGACGUCCAGCCAGACUCUCUACCUGCCGCCUCUGACCUGAGUGACUACUCAAGAUCCAAAAGUGAUACAAAGUCCAUAGACGAAGAUGCCGUACAGACAGACGGCAGGAACGUCAAGGACGGCAAAGGCAACAACAUGAAGAUCAGCCAGAUCAAAGCCUACACAGAGAAGCGGAGCAGGACCGCGAACCAGCUGUCCACUAACACCAAAACCGUCAGCGAGGCCGACGGUGUUCCCAUUCGUCCGGGAAGAGUAGACGCGGGGCCCUGCCACGACGGCAAUGUCAAGGGCUACACCCAGCCAUACGACCCCUUUCCCUAUAUCGUCCUCUGCCCAAGCGCAUUUGGUCUACGCCAGUCUAGCAAGGGAAACAACUGGAGCUACAGGCCCUUUCAGCUCGCGACGGCGGACCGCCCCUCGGGCCGGGAAAUCGGAACCGUGGCCCGCGUGGACGAUGGAGACGUCGAGAUCUUCAGAAAGCUCAGAUCCAUCGCACCCAUGGCGCGCACCUUUCUCCACGAACUGUUUCAUCUCGUCCACGGCAACUCCGGGUCGUAUCCCAAGGGUGGUGGAGAGGUAUACCAAAUUUCUGCGAUUCUGAAAGCGUCGUACAGCGUGUCUAAUGUUAACCCCGAGACCUACGCUCAGAUGGCUAUUGCCGCCGCCAACACUCUAGACCAGCAAAACGAUGGUAUGGACUUGAACUGGCACACAGGCUACGCUACCAGAGACGAGGCGGGGGGCAAGGGAGACGCGGCGCAGAGGCGCCGAUGGCUGUUCCAGCUGGUUUGUCAGACGAGCAGUUCAUGUUUUUCAUUAUUUAUAAAGGCUAUCGUCACUUAA